UGAAGGAAGUAGUAGAACAGGAUGGAAACAGGAUGAACAGAGAGGUUUGGGUGUGAAGAUUUGUAUUUGUUUUGGGAGGAGGUUUAUAGAUUGAAAGAGUUUUUGUUUAAAUUCAACAUUUUCACUUGAACAGGAGAAAAAUCACACAUAUGGUGCUUCUCUUCUUUAAGGUAUGGAUAUAUGGAAGAUAAUUGCAAUAUGUUUCAUUUUGAUUUCUGUGAUCUUAUUCAUUAUUUUGGUCGAAUAUUGCUGCGGAAGAUGUAGAAAGAAUAAAAAAGAAGAAGGAAUGUGGCGUCCAAUUUCCAGCGAGGUAUUGGAGAUACGUGAUUCAGAGGAAAGUGGAUUUAUUCCAAACAGAGUUUGGAAAAAUAUACAGAAAGAUGAAGUUGAUAUGGUCCUGUUACCUGACACAGCACACCAUGAGCUUUCUCUGGAUGAGGAUGCAUCACAAAUACGAUUCAAAGGAAAUACACAAGGCCCAGACAGGUGGUACUGUGUCACAGGCAGCGAUUGGUUAAUGAAAGGAAGACACUAUUGGGAGGUGGAGGUGGGAGAAAAGAGCAGUUGGGCACUUGGACUGGCAACUGAAGAAAUCAAAAUGAGUAAAGUUAUACCAGAGAGCCCUGGAAAUGGAUUCUGGAUCAUUCGUCUUUGUGGGGGGAAGCAGUUCGAGGCUGUCUCAAGCACAGUCACCGAACUACAAGAAAAACCCAAGAAAGUGGGGGUCUACCAGAAAAGCGAUGAGCUGUCUUUCUACAAUGCAGAGUCAAAAACAGUCAUUCAUAAAUUUUCUAUUGAAUACCACGGACUACUGUAUCCUGUCUUUAGCCCUGGGUCACGUGACAAGGGACCUCUGAUCAUCAAAAAAAAGGAAACAGGGUUUAUGUUUGCUUUAAAUUCCAAGGCAAUCCAUCCAAACUCCAUUUGUGAGCUAGAAGGUCAAUACCCAACAGAAGCAGGCAUAUUGCCUUGUGUGAUCGGAAAAGAUAAAUUAACAAGUGGAAAAUUCAACUGGGAGGUAGAUGUUUGUGAGAAGAGCUCAUGGGCCUUGGGAGUUGUUUCACAUACUCACAGCAAGAAGACAUCAAUUCCUGAAAAUCCCGAAGAUGGUUAUUGGAUCAUAAAGAUGUCUGGUGGCAAAUUUCAGGCUGUCUCCAACACAUCUAUUAACCUUUUAAGAAAGCCAAACCAGGUGUUGGUGUUUUUGAAUUUUAAAGAUGCAGAAUUGUCAUUUUAUGACACUGAAAAGAAGCAUCUCAUCUACAGAUUCCAGCUUAGAUCAUCCUUAAAAUUAUACCCCAUUUUUAGCCCUCCAGAUCUGAGGUCAAGGACCAAAUGAUUAUCACUAAGCUUGUUAUUUAGGGUUUUUAUUGCCUAUCUGACAAAUUCAGAAAAUGUUACAAUUGUUUUCAUAUUCAUAUGUUACAGUUGGAAAGGUUUAGGUAACUUGCUGAAGGUAACACAGUAUGUAAGUCCAAGGCAGGGAUUGAACAAACAUCUUUGUGACAGUUCAGUAUCCAAACAACUAAGCCACAAUUCCUACAUUCAUUUAAUUUUAUGUUUUGCUACAUAUUUUUCUAUUUUCAUACACUUACACAAACAUUUUAGGAUGACUUUAGGAGGAAUUGCAUGUUAGUAGAAGUCAUGUAUAAUUUGAGUUGCAGCAUCAUCCAGGUGAAAAGCAAGGGAUGUGAUGCAUUUAAUUUUCGCAUGAGAACUGUAGAUCUUGAAACCAAAAUUGCAUAUGAUUGGUAGAGUAAUAACCAGUUAAUUGACUCAAAUACACAAAAUACAGCAGAUCAGUUGAACUGAACAUGCUAAGCACAAGGAAACACUGAGGGGCCACUGUAACUGUAUAUUGUCACUUAUUAAAAAGGACCGGGUAUACCAGAUGCAAUCCAGCUAAUAACAUUACCUAGCAGUCCAUCAUGAAUUGUCCCAAACACAACACUCAUACUAAGUCUAAGGAAAUAAUAGUAUCAUUCCUGACUCAAAUUAUACUUAUUAUGUUAAGGGUGAUCAUAUAUCUAUCUAUCAUAUAUCAUAGUUUUUAAAAGUAAUGUUAACUGCAGGUAGCUGGUUUAAUUCCUUUGAUCACCUAAUACACAGUUUUUAAUCCUUUCCAGAACUUUUACCAUUCACAUACUGUACUGAUGAUUUUCUUAGGUCAAAAUCUUUUUGAAGCUUCUCUUCUGUUUUUAGAGGUUUGCAGCACCCUCCUGGCACAAUAUUACAUUAUUUUCUUGACUUUUUUGUUAUUGCCCAUUGAAGAUGGUGGAAAAUUGCCAUGCUUUGUAUUGUCAAACUAUGUUUACAUUAAUAAUUUAUGCUUAAUUUUAAUAAUAAUAAUAUAUAGCUUCAAGCACUGCUGCUAUUGUAUUAUAGUUGUAAAUAUGUUUUUACAAAUUUAGUUUGAUUACUUUACAUCAAAGAGUUCAACUCACAAAUUGAUUUAAAACCUAAAAUCAAAUUCAGAGGUAACACUCCAAAAUUUUGCCCUAAUACACGCUGGAAAUGUUGCUUGUGGCUUAAGCAUUUUUCCAUUUAAUGAUUACAUUUUUAAUUUAUAGUACUGUACAUUGUAAAGUCAGUAUUACUGUGUUUAGUUGAUGUUAUAAUUUAACUCUUUGCUUAGGAGGUUUUCAGUUUCUCCAGACAUAUUUUAUUUAUGUAAAAUUCCUUGGCAUUAUAAAUGCAGUUUGUUCUGAAUGUGUUCAACAGUUUUUGGUCUUGUAUAGUUAACAUAAUACUUCUUCAAUGUUAUGUCUUCAAUUUUGCCAAACUUAAAAAAUGUUCUUAUUCUCAUAAAAAGGCUAUACCUCGGGGAAUUCUGACAGAAGACUGGAUACGGUGAACAUGAUACACCCAAACAUGCCUGAUCUAAAUCGUGAAAUUCUGGGAAUCAUGCAUGAAGAUGUAGGAUGAGAAUUGCUAAUCAGGCUCACUUUGCACAAUUGGUUAAAGUCAGUUUUAGUGCAAGGGUUGCACACAAAGCAAUGAUAUGUAGGCCUCAGAUUUUAAUGGAUUAUAAAAUAAAAAUGCAAUUAGCUACUGAAUGGCAACAUGUUCUGCGGUGGGUUGGCACCCUGCCCAGGAUUGGUUCCUGCCUUGUGCCCUGUGUUGGCUGGGAUUGGCUCCAGCAGAUCCCUGUGACCCUGUGUACGGAUUCAGCGGGUUGGAAAAUGGAUGGAUGGAUGGCAACAUGUUUUUAUUAUAUAUAAAGUUGCAUAUAAAGUUGCAUACUCAGUACAAGCAUUUAGUGAUAAUGGUGUGUCAGCAAUGAGAUGGGACCUAUGGCUGCAUGGAACUUUAUGUUUAUGUUUAACUGCUUAUAUAAGUCCUUUAAAAUAAAAUAUCUUGAUAUAAA